UUCCUCUUUACCCUAGACAAGAUGACGAAAGGAAAGAAGGCUAAGGGGAAGAAGGUGGCCCCUGCCCCGUCCGUGGCGAGGAAGACGGAGGCCAAGAAAGUGGUCAAUCCCCUGUUUGAAAAGAGGCCCAAGAACUUUGGCAUCGGGCAGGACAUUCAGCCAAAGCGUGACCUGACCCGCUUUGUGAAAUGGCCCCGUUACAUCCGUCUUCAGCGCCAACGAGCCAUCCUUUACAAGCGCCUGAAAGUGCCUCCAUCGAUCAACCAGUUCACCCAGGCCCUGGAUCGGCAGACAGCCACGCAGCUCUUCAAGCUGGCCCACAAAUACAGGCCGGAAACCAAGCAGGAGAAGAAGAAGAGAUUACUGGCUCGUGCAGAGCAGAAGGCUGGCGGAAAGGGAGACACACCCACCAAGAGGCCCCCGGUCCUCAGAGCAGGCGUGAACACGGUCACCACUUUGGUGGAGAGUAAGAAGGCUCAACUGGUUGCCAUUGCCCAUGAUGUAGAUCCUAUCGAGCUGGUGGUGUUCCUGCCGGCACUCUGCCGCAAGAUGGGUGUCCCUUACUGCAUCGUUAAAGGCAAGGCCCGGCUCGGGCGCCUGGUCCACAGAAAGACCUGCACCUCCGUUGCCUUCACACAGAUUAACCCUGAAGACAAGGGGGCCCUAGCUAAGCUGGUGGAAGCCAUCAAGACCAACUACAAUGACAGAUAUGAGGAAAUUCGUCGUCACUGGGGUGGUGGGAUCAUGGGACCCAAGUCUACUGCCCGCAUUACCAAGCUGGAAAAGGCGAAAGCAAAGGAACUGGCCACCAAACUUGGCUGAAUCUGAAAUGCUUGCAGUGUGUCCCUUUUGUGUAUAUAGAAAUAAAAUCCGCCUUGUUCAGAA